AUGCGCAAGCUGGAGCAUGCUGAAAGUGUUGGUGACACCACUGCUCCGGAUGUUGCGCCGGCGAAAGCAACUUCAGACCAGCAAACUGCCAUGACUACACAGACUGGCGAAGCUAAUAACACUGAUGUCAAGCCUACAACCACGGAGCAGAAUGAUGGUGACGAUGCUGCACCUACAAUUUCCAAAAAUCAGCUCAAAAAGCAACGACGCCACGAGCGUUGGGAAUCAGGGCGUGAGGAUCGCAAAGCGAAGCGCAAGGAGAAAAUCAAAGAAAAGAAAGAGCGCCGACGAGAACUGUACGCUCAAGCCACGCCGGACGAAGAUGGCAAUAGACCUAAGCCACCGCCUACCAGACCACCAAAGCAUUCUGCAGGCUUAGGGAAGCAACUUCCCGUCACUGUCAUCUUUGACUGCGACUUUGAGGAACUCAUGUAUGAUCACGAACUCAAGAGCUUGGGGUUACAAAUCACGAGAUGCUACAGCGACAAUCGAAAAGCCAAAUUCCGGACACACCUCGCACUUGCCAGUUUUGGCGGGAAGAUGAAAGAGCGUUUCGAUGGCAUCCUGGCAAAGCAGUACACGAGCUGGAAGGGGUUCCAAUUUUUUGAGGAUGAUUUUGUGGCGGUGGCUGAGAAAUCCAAGGAGUGGAUGCGUGGGCCCAAAGGAGGAGAAGUUGACGGAGCCUUGGAAUCCGGGAAAGAUGAUCAAGCAGCCGAAGGGGAGUCGAGUGAAGAAGCAGCAGGAGCAGCAGCAGCGUCGUCGUCGUCGUCAUCAGAAGAGGGCGAGAUUGUCUAUCUCUCGUCUGAAUCGGACAAUGUCCUUACACAUUUGAAGCCCAAUAGCACCUAUAUCAUUGGCGGGCUAGUCGACAAGAACCGACACAAGGGCAUCUGCCACAAGCGGGCCGUCGCUCGCGGUAUCAAGACUGCAAAGCUGCCGAUUGGGCAAUAUCUCGAGAUGAAGAGUCGACAGGUGCUCGUUACCAACCACGUGCUGGAGAUCAUGUUGAAAUGGCUUGAGUUUGGGGACUGGGGCAAGGCCUUUAUGGAAGUCAUGCCCAAGAGAAAGGGUGGAAGACUGAAGGGUGAGGGUGGCGAUGAGGAGGAAUCGCAUGCGGCGGGCGAUGAAGGGGAUGAAAGGGAUGAGGGGGUUGGGGGGAUGGGCGACGAGCAGCUGGCUGAUGAGGCCGAAGAGACAGGGCAAGGGGAGGACAAGAUGGCCUGUUAG